AUGUUUUCAGGCUUUACUUCACAUCUUGGCAGUCAAACUUUUGCUGCCCUUCCACAAACAUUUGAAGAAUUUUUUAGAUGCUACCCCAUAGCAAUGAUGAACGAUCGUAUUCGUAAAGACGAUGCCAAUUACGGUGGCAAGAUAUUCUUACCACCAAGCGCUCUAAAUAAGUUGUCGAUGCUAAACAUCAGAUAUCCAAUGCUUUUUCAACUGACAUCCAGUGAAAAUGGAAAAGUAACUCACGGUGGUGUCCUGGAAUUUAUCGCAGAAGAGGGGAGAGUAUAUUUGCCGCAAUGGAUGAUGAUAACUUUGGGUGUACAACCAGGGUCCCUUUUAAAGAUUGCCUCAACAGAUGUUCCAUUGGGGCAAUUUGUGAAGAUUGAACCGCAAUCAGUAGAUUUCUUGGACAUCUCAGAUCCUAAGGCUGUUUUGGAGAAUGUGUUGAGAAAUUUUUCCACGUUGACAGUAGAUGAUAUCAUUGAAAUUCGCUAUAAUAAUAAGAUUUAUGGUAUUAAAAUACUAGAAGUUAAACCAGAAUCUCAAUCGAGGAGCAUUUGUGUUAUUGAAACCGAUCUAGUGACCGAUUUCGCACCUCCUGUUGGGUACGUAGAGCCAGAUUAUGAAGCCUUGAAAGCACAAGAAGAAGAAAAGAAAAGGAUACAGAAACAAAAUCGUAAAUUUGAUCCUUCUAUUGUGAGUCAAGGAUCCAUGUCUACGAGGAUUAAUUAUUCUGAGAUAGUGGAGAAUGCAAGUGCUGGGGAUUCAAAUUUUACAGGGCAAGGUCAGAAAUUGUCUGGCAAAGAGAUUAAGAAAGAUAAUAAUGACAUAGACCUAAAGAAGGUUAAACUAUCUUUGGAUGGUGAGCCUGCAAGAUUAGAUCUUCCUGAAGGACAAUUAUUCUUUGGAUUCCCAUUAGUACUGCCAACAAAGAAUGAAGAAAAUGAGAACGACAAACAGAACAACGACCAUGGAUUCCAAGGAUCUGGACAAUCUUUAAGGAAAAGUAAUAAGAGGAAAGUUAGGAAGGAUCAUGUACCAACAAAGGCAAAGGCUCCCAAAAGUCCAGAACUUAUAGAAAUCGACUAA